AACCGGCCGCAACGGCCUAGCACUCCGCCUCCGGCUUCUCCGGCGCCGGCGGCCGCGCCAGCCCUGCCAUGGCCGCGCCCAGCCUGACGCUGGCUCUCCCCCAGGAGGACCCCUCGCUGGAGAGGCAUUUUAAGGGCCACCGAGAUGCAGUUACCUGUGUGGACUUCAGUCCCAACAUGAAGCAGCUGGCCAGUGGCUCCAUGGACUCGUGCCUCAUGGUCUGGCACAUGAAGCCCCAGUCACGGGCCUACCGCUUCGCUGGCCACAAGGACGCCGUCACCUGUGUGAACUUCUCCCCCUCGGGACACCUGCUCGCUUCAGGCUCCCGUGACAAGACCGUCCGCAUCUGGGUACCCAACGUCAAAGGUGAGUCGACUGUGUUCCGUGCCCACACGGCCACUGUGAGGAGCGUCCACUUCUGCAGUGACGGCCAGUCCCUCGUGACGGCCUCUGAUGACAAGACUGUCAAGGUGUGGUCAACUCACCGCCAGAGGUUUCUGUUCUCCUUGAGCCAGCACAUCAACUGGGUCCGCUGUGCCAGGUUCUCCCCUGAUGGGCGGCUCAUCGUGUCUGCCAGUGAUGACAAGACUGUCAAGCUGUGGGACAGAAGCAGCCGGGAGUGUGUCCACUCCUACUGUGAGCAUGGCGGCUUUGUCACCUACGUGGACUUCCACCCCAGCGGUACCUGCAUUGCUGCGGCCGGCAUGGACAACACAGUGAAGGUGUGGGACGUGCGGACUCACCGGCUGUUGCAGCAUUAUCAGUUGCACAGUGCGGCCGUGAACGCCCUCUCCUUCCACCCCAAGGGAAACUUCCUGAUCACAGCCUCCAGCGACUCAACCCUGAAGAUCCUGGACCUGAUGGAGGGCCGGCUGCUCUACACACUCCACGGGCACCAGGGUCCGGUCACCACUGUUGCCUUUUCAAGAACAGGAGAGUAUUUUGCAUCUGGAGGUUCUGAUGAACAAGUAAUGGUUUGGAAGAGUAACUUUGAUGCUGCUGAUUAUGGAGAAGCCACAAAAGUACAGAGGCCCCCAGCCACGCUGGCCAGCUCUGCCAGGACUUUGCCAGAAGGGGAUUUCCCCAUCCCAUCAGCCAGAGGCAGGAGUCUGGAGUCGGUGCAGAGCCAGCCCCAGGAGCCCCUCAGCGUGCCGCAGACGCUGACCAGUACCUUGGAGCACAUCGUGAGCCAGCUGGACGUCCUUACCCAGACAGUCUCCAUCCUGGAGCAGCGGCUGACACUGACGGAAGACAAGCUGAAGCAGUGUCUGGAGAACCAGCAGCUAAUCAUGCACAGAACGACACCAUGAUCGCGGGACCAAGAAUCAGGAGCGCAGUCGAUUUGGGGGGUGGCAGGCCAGGGGUUUGUACCACGGGACUUGGGUAAAUAAAGGAUUCAACUCUG